AUACCCCCUUCUCCACUUUCAUCGUUCUCAUUCCAAAGCCCCCUUCCUUAAACCUCCACAAAUCAAACCUUGUCUUCUUCUUCUUCUCUCUCUCUCUCUCUCUCCCUAUAUAUAUAUAUAUAUAUACAUACAUAUAUAUAUAUUAUAUCUGUCUCUGUUAGUUGUGUGUAUUUUUGUUCUGCACACUUGAAUUUGUGAUCGUAAGCAGCAGCAGAAUCAUCAUCAUGAGUCGAUUCGAUCAAAACGAGAUUCCAGUUGCGUAUCCACCUGCACCACAAGGAGCGUCAUAUGUGAUGGCACCACCGCCGGUCGGCUAUCCGAUGAUGGACGGUGGCGCCGCUACCAAAUCUGAAAACCAGGGUCCGAUACAAACUCAGAGCAGAGGCGAUGGCUUCUGGAAAGGAUGUUGUGCUGCACUAUGUUGCUGUUGCGUGUUGGAUGCCUGCUUCUAAAGCAAGCCAAGAUGAUAACGAUUUAUGAUUGAGGAGCUUUGAUAUUUU